AUGCCCGCAAUCGAACAACCCCCUGCGCUUUCGCGCACCUCGCCCCUCUUCUCUCCUGACGAAGUCACUGUUAUCUUUGUGCUUGGUGGACCCGGAGCGGGCAAGGGCACACAGUGCCAGAACCUCGUGUCAGACUAUGGCUUCAAGCAUUUGUCUGCUGGGGAUUUGCUGCGUGAGGAGCAGGACAGACCGGGCAGCGAGUUUGGCGAGAUGAUCAAGACAUACAUCAAAGAGGGCACGAUUGUGCCCAUGGAAGUCACGAUCAAGUUGUUGGAAAAUGCUAUGAAGGCGAGCAUGGAAAGUGGGCAGAACGAGAAGAAGCUAUUCUUGAUCGAUGGCUUCCCCCGCAAACUCGACCAAGCCCACGCUUUUGAACGUUCCGUCUGCCCCUCCAAAUUUACUCUCUUCUUUGAUUGCUCCGAAGCCGUCAUGGAAAAGCGCCUACUGCAUCGCGGCGAGACCUCUGGCCGUGCAGACGAUAACCUCGAAUCCAUCAAGAAGCGCUUCCGCACUUUUGUUGAGACGAGCAUGCCCGUGGUCAAGGAAUUCGAGAGCCAGGGCAGAGUAGUCAAGGUGAAUGCGGAGAGGAGCCCAGAGGAGGUGUAUAGGGAUGUUCAGGAGAAGCUCAAGGAGAGAGGCGUUGAGCCAAUCACUUUGAAGUUUGUGCAGACGCAGAAUGCUUAG